AUGAUUAUAUCCUGUGGAAACCCAGGCACCCCCAGCAACGCGAGGGUUAUAUUUAACGACGGCUUGAUUUUCUCCAGCUCCAUUAUCUAUCAGUGCCGGGAGGGCUAUUACUCCACGGGAGUGCUGAGCAGGCACUGCACGGUCAACGGGACCUGGACCGGGACCAGUCCGGAGUGUACAGUGAUCAACUGUGGUGACCCAGGUGUGCCAGCCAACGGCGUUAGGCUGGGCAGUGAUUUUACCUACAAUAAGACAGUGGUGUUCCAGUGCACACCUGGGUACAUGAUGGAGUCAGACAGGGCAUCUGCUCUAACCUGCACGAAGGACCGAACCUGGAAUGGCACCAAACCUGUCUGCAAGGCGAUCGUCUGUAAAUCCCCCCAGGCCAUCCCCAACGGGAAGGUGGUGGGCUCGGACUUCAGCUGGGGCUCCAGUGUGAGCUACGCCUGCCUGGAGGGCUACCAGCUCUCCCUGCCCGCCGUGCUGACCUGCGAGGGCAACGGCACCUGGAGCGGCGAAAUCCCCCAGUGCUUCCCCGUGUUCUGCGGAGACCCGGGGAUCCCCGCACAGGGCAGGAGGGAGGACAGAGGCUUCACCUACCGCUCCUCCGUCUCCUUCUCCUGCCUGGCCCCCCUCGUGCUGGUGGGAUCAGCCCGGAGGUUCUGCCAGUCAGACGGGACGUGGAGCGGGACCCAGCCCAGCUGCAUAGACCCCAGCCUCACCACCUGCGCGGACCCCGGCGUCCCUCUCUUUGGCAUGCAGAACAACUCCCAGGGCUACCAGGUGGGAAGCAUCAUCUUUUUCAAGUGCCAGAAGGGGUACCUGCUGCAGGGCUCCACCACCAGGACCUGCCUCCCCAACCUGACGUGGAGCGGCGUGCAGCCGGACUGCGUCCCUCACCACUGCAAGCAGCCCGAGACCCCCUCCCAUGCCAACGUCGGUGCUCUGGAUCUGCCCUCUCUGGGCUACACCUUGAUCUACUCCUGCCAGAGCGGGUUCUAUCUCACCGGGGGAUCCGAGCAUCGCACCUGCAAAGCAGAUGGCAGCUGGACAGGAAAACCCCCCAUUUGCCUGGCUGAUGUCCGCCCCAGCGGAAGGCCGGUUGGCACCGCGCGAGACCCACCGCUCGCCAAGGUCUCAGUGCCUGCUGAUGUGUUUGCGAGGAAUUCCCUUUGGAAAGGCUCCUACGAAUACAUGGGGAAGAAGCAGCCUGCCAUGCUGUCUGUCACCAGCUUUGACCCCACCACCAGUAAAGUCAACGCCACGUUGAUAGACCACAGCGGCGUGGAGCUCCAGGUGUCGGGUGUUUACAAGAAAGAAGACGUGCACCUGCUUCUCCAGGUUUACCAGAUCACGGGGCCCGUGGAGAUCUUUGCCAACAAGUUCAAAAACGAUAAAUGGGCUCUAGAUGGACAUGUCUCGUCGGAGUCCUCCAGCGGCACGUUUGUGUACCAGGGCUUUGUGCGUGGCAAAGGCUUCGGGCAGUUUGGCCUCCAGAGACUUGACAUCAGCAUGCUGGAAAACGAUCCGGAAUCAAUAGGACACCAUUUUGCAUCCAACAGCAGUUCUGUGGCAGCUGCCAUUCUUGUGCCUUUCAUAGCCCUGAUUAUUGCAGGGUUUGUGCUUUAUCUCUACAAACACAGGAGAAGACCAAAAGUCCCAUUUAAUGGCUACGCGGGCCAUGAAAACACCAACGUCCGAGCAACGUUUGAAAAUCCAAUGUAUGACCGGAACCUGCAGCCCACGGACAUCAUGGCCAACGAGACAGAGUUCACAGUCAGCACGGUCUGCACGGCUGUAUAGCACCGUCCCUCCGCGAUUCCUCCGGGGUCGGUGUCUAGUGGAUGAUUGUGUUUCACCUCACUAGUCUCCAUCCAUUCCCUCCCCAUCUCCCUCCUCCCAACCUCGUUGAGGCUGUGGAGAAGCUGCUACACCUCGUUGGACUUUGUGUUAACUCCUGAGAGACUGCUGGGUCGUCCUCCCUCGCCUUCACCCGCCCUCUCCAUCCUGCCGUGGAUAACGAAGCCAGCCAAAGGUCUGCUCUGGCACAGCUCCUCUCUCCCACCUUCCUCUGGUGGGUCUCAGCCCAACGUCAAGACCUGGGGUCGUGGAGGACCUGGGAGGCGAGGUGAUGGGAAGGGUUUUACAGCCCACUCUUGGUUCCAUGUUGCUGGAGGGAGCAGUGGGGUACGUGGGGUCCCACCAGCUGCCCCCCACUUUGGGAAGAGCUUGGACAACAAAGAGGCAAAAGCAGGUUGUGCUGCAGAAGGUGCUGGUUGGGGUUAAUGGAAAAUACUGGUAUGGGACAGGACGAGUACUUGCUUUGUCUUUAUUUGGUUUUGUGGGUUCUUUCUUUGUUUGUUUUUUUUCUAACCCAAUGGAACUUUUUCAAUGAGAAAAGCAAAACUUUGCAAGCUUUUCUCCUCUUCCCCGUAUUUAAUUUUCCUUUGGGCCAUCCUUGCUGCCCCAUGUUCCUUCCAGGCAGCUCUUGGGGCUGGUAAGGAAACGUCCCCCCAUCCCUGGCCCCCUCCCAGCAGCUGAUUUUAGCUGCGUCCAAACACCCUGAUCAGAAAAUUGCUGACAGACACGAAAGGACAAAAACCUCUUUAAAAAGAACUAACAAAUACUGAUUUUCCCCCAAUAGCAUUCAAAAGCCUUUGCCCUUUCCAUAUUGAUCCUCCAAAUGGCAAUGCAAUAAGAGUUUUAAUUUCUAUCCAAAGCUCUUCCCUUUAUUUCCCAGGGGCAGAAAGGUUGCCCUGGCUUUCCUGAGGAGCGGAUAAGGCGGCUUGACAUUUUUCCUGCCUUAUAAGAGAGCGAUGCUUUUGUGAUGACACCGUCCUCCUCUCAUAAAGAGGAGAGCUGCUCUUGUUGGUUCGGGGCUUUAGUCUGUUUGGUUUGAGUCGCCGUUUCUGAGGCCGGGCUGGAGCCCAGGAACGAGCAGCCCCUUUGUACCCGCUGGAGUCGGGGGCAAGGCAGGUGGGGGGAGCAGGACGUGUCAAUGGAGCAGCUUCUUCUUACAGAAGAUGAAGGGAAACCAAAACUAAAACGAAGGGGGUGGUGUUUACAUCCACGCUUGCAUUAAAACGCUGCCUUUCCCCUGCCUGAUGUCAGCUGAGGUUUUGUCUGAUGAAAACCACAGGGUAGGUUGUUUGGGGUUUUUUUCUGGUUUGUUUAUUCUUUUAGUCCGUGUGUGUGCGCGCGCGUGCGUGUGUGUAUAUACAAAUAUAUAUUAUUUUUUUUUACUUCUGUCUCUUGUUCAGCGCUCUUAGAGUCAGCAGCGUUCUCCAGCCUAACUGCUGAACAGCCAGCCUGCCAAAAAAUGCCACCUCUGCCCCCCCCAGCAGGCAAAGGGGCUCUCAUUUAUUGUCGAGAGGUGGGUGCAAGGUUUCUUCAGGGCCAGUGCUGGACCAUUGCAGACCAUGUCCCGCA